AUGGGAUUCAAUCCUUCAACCAUUGCAUUUAUGGACGCACUCAUAACGGUUGCGGGCAUGACCGAAAAUUCCUGGGAACAAAAACGGAAGGUUUAUAGGAGUUGGGGUUGGUCUGAAAAUGAAUUCUGGUUAGCUUUUAGAAGCCAUCCCAGAUGUAUGACUCGGUCUGUGGAGAACAUAAAUACCAAAAUGGACUUUUUUGUGAACAAGAUGGGUUGGCAACCUUCAGCGGUUGCUAGAACCACUAGGGCUUUAUGUUGUAGUUUGGAGAAGACAAUCAUCCCGAGAUGCAGAGUUUUAAGGGUUUUGUUGUUUAACGACUUGAUUAAGAAUAAUUUGAGUAUGUCUUCUGUGCUGAAGGCCACUGAAAAGCACUUCAUAGACAAAUUUUUGUCCAAGUAUCAGGAACAGGUUCCACAACUAUUUGAUAUAUAUCAAGGGAAAGUUGAUCUUCCAGAACUAGGCAUUGGAUUUGAGCAAAAACCUGAGGCAAACUAA